CCAAACCCCACCCCUCACCCCCCCUCCCACAAUCCACUGCGGCCGACCCCGGUGGUGAUCGCCCCUCCGCGCAGUGUGUGAGCGUUGUUGGUGCCCGCGGUGAAGCGCUCGCGGUCUUCGCAAGCCGUGUACCACAAGGCGUAGCCGUAACGAGGCGACGCGCAACCGAUUUCUCUAAUCGUCGGCGGAAUCGAUUCCCAGCAGGACGGACCAACGGCAGACGCAAGCCGCCACCCCCCCCCUCUCACAGCGGCUCCCGCCGGGGUUCCGCCAAGAGGCACGGGGAGCUUGAGGAGCUUGAGGAGCUUGAGGAGCUUGAGGAGCUUGAGGAGCUUGUGGUGGGGGUGGACGACGGUGGCCGACCGUGGCGGCGGCGGCGGCGAUGGAAGGCGGCGGCGGCGGCGUGGGGGGGAGGCUCUUCGCUGACGGCGCCGCUCUCUCUCUGCCGCUGCACGUGGUCGUGAGCCCCGUGCUCAGGCAGCUGGAGAAUGAGGAUUUGGCUGCGGCACAGACAUUGAGAGCGGCCUUCACCAAGGCGGAGAGGGGUAACCCUGGCAUCACCCAGGAGAUUAUCCUCGGCAUCUUAAAGCAGGAGAGGGAGGGAGUGAACUUCCCAGAGGCGCUGCUGAGGAUGGCGGCUGAGGAUUUGGAGGAGCUGCGUGUGGAGUGUUCCGACGUGUCCCUGCGGGAGCUGAGUGAGCGUGCUCGCUCGCUCAAGACCAUCCUCGGCCGCAUCCCCGACGAGAUCCGUGACCGUGUGCGCUUCCUGCAGACCAUCAAGGACAUUGCCAGUGCCAUCAAGGAGCUUCUGGACUCCGUGAACGCCGUCGCCAAGACAGAGCAGUACCACAGCAACCGCGAUAACCGCAAGCUGGUGGAGGCGCAGAAGAAGGAGUUUGUCAAAUUUUCCAAGAGCUUCAGUGACACGCUGAAGGGAUACUUCCGGGAAGGAUCGCCCGUGAACGUCUUCAUCAGUGCCAACAGACUCAUCCACCAGACCAACGCCAUCCUGCAGACCUUCAGGGGUCUCCCCUCACCCUAGCAGACCCUCACCCUCACCCACCCCCUCACCCAGCCCCUCACCCACCCCCUCAC